UUGACAAUUCUGUGUUGCGAUCGAGGUGCAGGCUGUUUACCUACAAAAAUAAAUUUUAAAAUUGCUUACCUUGCACAAUGUUUCAUGAAUAGGGUACCCACGUUAAUUCUUGUGUGAGUGCUCUUUCUGCCAACCCACGGGUGGUCCGUUAGUUCAUCAGGCAAGAAAUGAGCGAUAAGCCACGAUAAUGGGUAUGUGUUGGAGCUGUUUUAAAGAUAAGGCGCCGGAUGAGGAGAGGCCUUAUGAGGCGUCCCCGGAGCAAUGCCGGGUGUACAAGCCAUACGACUCGGCCAUGGUGGACCGCUUGGUGCUGGAGAUGCUAAGUCUGAUCGCAUCAUUUGUUGACAACGAGGAGGAGUCUCCUGUGCUGCUGGUGAAGCUCCACAUGAUAGCUGACAAGGAAGACGGGUGGAUCCAAGUGGUCUCGUCCAUGGUGAACGUGAUACCGCUCGAGGAUCCCUUCGGGCCCUCCGCCAUAACCAUACUCUUUGACGACUGCCCUCUGCCUUCCAAGGAAUCAGUUAGGAGGGUGACGGAGAUGUUCAAUCUGUCAGCGGAGCGCGCGAGCACGGGCGAGCUGAACGUUCGCGUCGAGCGGAACAUUUGCGUCGUGCUCGGCUGCAUAGCGGAGAAGCUGGCGGGCCCGAACAGCGUUGCGGUGCUGACAGAGAACACACUGGAUUACCUGCUCACGUUCUUGAUCACGCGUCGCGAAGCCUGCGUAGUGUUGUUCGCACUCAUCGCUCUAGAGAAGUUCGCGCAAACCACAGAGAACAAACUGUCUAUAAAACAUCGCUUCGAGCGCGAGGCGGUGAAUCCGCUUCUGAUCCUUGAGGAGAUGGCGGAGAGCGAAGACUAUAUCUGGAGGCAGGUCGGCUUCUGUGCCAAGUGGGCCCUGGAUAAUCUGUUCGUGGUCGAGGGCCGAAAACUGUCAUACGAAAUCGUGGACAUGAGCAACAUCAACGUGAUACUAAACUCGCAUGACGUCAGCGAGUACCUCAAGAUAUCGAGCAACGGUCUCGAGGCGCGCUGUGACUCGUAUUCAUUCGAGAGCGUGCGGUGCACGUACCAGGUGGACGAUGGCUGCUGGUACUACGAGUGCACCAUUAUAACACCGGGGGUCAUGCAGAUAGGAUGGGCUACCAAGAACAGCCACUUCCUUAACUUGGAGGGCUACGGCAUCGGGGACGACCUAUACUCGCUGUCGUACGACGGCUGCCGUCGGCUCAUCUGGUUCAAGGCUCGCUCGGCGCCCGUGAGCGAGGUCCGCGCCUGGCGCCCAGGCGACGUGCUCGGCUGCCUCAUAGACUUCUCGGCCCGUGAGGUCAUCUUCUCGCUGAACGGGGACCGCCUGCCCGCCUGCUGGGAGAUCUUUGAGACCACGCGGUUCGGUUUCUUCGCUGCGGCCAGCUUCAUGGCCUUCCAGCAGUGCCAGUUCAACUUUGGACACGAGCCGUUCCGCUUCCCGCCAGCUGAUCGAACCUUCUCAUCGUUCAACCAGUUCGGGGAACUCACUGAUGAGGAGAAACAGGUGGUCCCGAGGCGGGUGCUUCUGCAACAGCUGCGCUGCUCCAGCGUGAAGGAAGACUCGUGCACGCUCUGCUUCGACGACACGCCGUGCUGCGUGCUAGAGCCGUGCGGACACAGGGGCUUCUGUUCCCUCUGUACGUCGCAGCUGAAGGAGUGUCCGAUGUGCCGCGCGGGCAUCCUGAACAUCCGCCGCGAGGACACAUGACAGAAGGCCUCCGCGUCCAGCGCCAGCGAGCCCACCAGCCCCAACAUCACCAUGGACGAGUCCUCCACACCACGCUCCACCUCCUAUGUGUUCCCUCCCCUCAAUUAACCAGCUCCGAUUUCAGCUUUACCCCAUAGUCAAGCCAAUAUACUAGUCUGUUAAUGGUUGACAUCAGUAGCUUCAAUUUCACAAUAGGCUAGAUGAUUUCAAUUAUUUGUCCGUCAGACAGAAAAUAUUAGACUCGUAUUUUUUAUUUUCUUUCAU